AUGAAAACUUCAGUCACUUCACUGUCCAUUAUUCUUCUUUACAUUCUCCUUCUCUCAACUCCUUUACCAUUAACCCAAUGCGGUGAUCUAAUAGACCAAAUAUGCAAGAAGACACCCUUUCACGACCUUUGCGUCUUGUCUUUACAGCCAAACUCCGGCACCAAUGUUAAAUCUCUAGCCUCUGUGAUGGCUAAUCUUGUUUUGUCCAACGCAACCGACACCCUUAAUUACAUUCAAGGGCUAGUUAAACAGGCAACUGGGACACCAUUAGAGAGGCCAUUGGCUGACUGUGCAGAAUUGUACAUACCAGUUGUUAAGUACAAUCUUCCUCAAGCCAUUAAUGCUUUGAUUAGAGGAAGGUAUGGAUUUGCUAAUUACGUUAUUUCUGAUACUGCUAAACAAGCUGAUGCUUGUGAAAAAAAUUUCUCAGGUGAGAAUAAAUCUCCAUUAACUGAUAGGAAUAAGCUUAUAAGCAAUCUUUGUGAUGUUGCUGUAGCCAUUAUCAGAAUAUUGCAGAAGGGUUUGUAA